AUGACGUCUCGGCAGCCAACGUCGCCAGAAGGUAAAGCGGCAUCUGGGGACCAGCAAUCUGACAUAACCAGCACUGAGCUUGAGGGCGAAGAAUCUAUCAAUGCAGCAGUCAAGGAGGCAACUCCUACACAGCCGGAAAAACGGUCAGCAACGAAGACUGUCCUCGUCUUAGUCUCGGUUCUCAUGAGCAUGUUCCUGGUUGCUUUGGACCGCACAAUUAUUUCGACUGCCAUACCCCGAAUCACCGACGAGUUCAAUUCCCUCUCCGAUGUAGGCUGGGUAUACACUCUGUUUCCUAUUAGAGAGGUUUUGUUAAUGAUUACUUUUAUUGUUGGAAGGGCGAUUGCGGGUGUUGGUGCUGCCGGUAUAUUUGCUGGUGUCGUGGUAUGUAUUGCCUUGGUCAUACCUGUGGAAAAACGUCCCCAAAUUCAAGGCUUAUUCGGCGGGCUCAUGGGGGUUUCGUCGAUUGCCGGUCCCUUGAUUGGUGGUGGUUUCACGUCGAAUGUGACUUGGAGAUGGUGUUUCUAUAUAAAUCUACCCUUUGGCGCGCUGGCGUUGGUGGUCAUUUUCUUUUUGCUCGAUACCCCGGAUCGAGAGACUACCAAACUUCCCUUUACUGCCAAAUUAUUGAAACUUGAUUUCUUGGGUACCGGAUUCAUGAUGCCUGGUGUGAUCUGCCUCCUGCUGGCGCUUCAAUGGGGCGGUCAACAGUACGCUUGGAGUAACUGGCGCAUAAUUUUAUUGCUUGUCCUUUCAGGGGCGCUUCUGAUUGCUUUUGCUGCCGUUCAAUUACUCUGCCCAACAACGGCGACGCUUCCUGCCCGUAUCUUCAAACAGCGCAGUCUCGUUGCCGGGUUUUGGUCAACGCUGUGCAUGAAUUCUGGGAACUAUAUACUGGUAUACUUCCUCCCUGUCUGGUUCCAAUCAAUAAAAGGCGUCAGUGCCGCACAAUCCGGCAUCAAAAUACUGCCUCUAAUGCUAUCUAUGGUCGCCGUAUCAAUCGGUAGCGGAUUCCUAAGUUCCAAAAUCGGAUACUACACGCCCCUUGCAAUCAUGGGAUCCUGCGUCAUGGCUGUUGGCUUUGGCUUGUUUACAACCCUUCAACUAGAUACUGAGGAAGCAAAAUGGGUUGGCUAUCAAAUAAUAUACGGUAUUGGUCUCGGAUGCUGCUUUCAAGUGCCCAAUCUCGCGGCACAAGUCACUCUACCUAAAAAGGAUAUACCCACUGGAUUAGCUCUGUUGCUGUUUGGAACGCUUCUGGGCGCGGCUGUCUUUGUAUCUGUUGGUGAAAAUGUGCUUGGUAAUCAGCUUGUGCAGAGACUUUCCUGGGUUCCCGGUUUUAAUCGAGAACUUGUUAUAUCGUCGGGUGCAACGUCUUUGCUUGAUUCGCUGCCGGAGGACAUGCGUCAGAAAGGACUGGCGGACUAUAAUGAAGCACUGCGUGAGGUGUUCAAGACGGGCUUGGUCCCUUCCUGUUUGAGUGUGCUUGGGGCGGUGUCACUGGAGUGGAGGAGCGUUAAGAAGAAGGUGGAGAACGAUAGGCUGAUGCAGCAGAAGGAGGUACGAGCUACUCACGAGGCUGAAGUCGCUAAAGAGUAG